ACAGGAGUGCAGCCGCCCGUCACGUCAGCAUGAGGAGACACAACAAAAUCAGCUCCACAUAGCAGAGUUCUGUGAUAACAGAGGAAGAAAACUCUCAAUCCAGCACUGUCAAUUAUUUCUAGCAGUCCUCACGAUGCAGCGACGUGUCCGCUUUGUUGACUGUAACGUAGGAUGAAGAGUAGAUACCAGCUAGUUAGCUUGCUAGCUAAACUUAGCCAAGUCUGACAGUCGGAGUACUAGCCUGUGGCUAACAGUUUGCUUCACGCUGUGAACUGAGACGGAAACACAGUCAUGACACAGAAACGCAGCCUGUGUUCAGUUUCUCUUGGAGUGGAGGGUAUGACCUGCGGCUCUUGUGUCCAGUCCAUAGAGCAGCGCAUUGGGUCUCUUCCUGGAGUGAUGCAUAUAAAGGUGUCUUUAGAGGGCAAGAAUGCAACUGUCAUAUUUGACCCCAGCCAUCAGAGCCCAGAGUCUCUGUCAGAGGCCAUUGAGGACAUGGGCUUUGAAUCAAGUCUGCCAGCUUCCAGCAAAGCCACACCAGUCCCUACUGAUACCCAGUUGGUCUCCACCUCAGGCAUGACACCCACAGCCCAACAGGAAGCAUUGAAGAAACUAUCACAAAUUCAGGGAGUGCUGGAUGUCAGAGAGAACCUGCCACAGACGGGUCUCACCGUCACCUUUGUUCCCUCCCUGACGUCCACGCAACAGCUUAGUGAGGUGGUGGCCAGCGUAACACCGCCGGAGAUCUCCACACCGAGCAGCCCUUUGCAAAAAGACCCCACCUCCUCUCCACCUCAGACCACGCGAGGUGGAGCGGCUAUCCUUAAGCUGCGCAUUGAAGGAAUGACCUGUCACUCCUGUACUACCACUAUUGAAGGAAAGAUUGGUAAACUCAAAGGGAUUCAAAAGAUCAAAGUUGUUUUAGAGUCUCAGGAAGCUACACUCGUCUACCUGCCUUACCUCCUCACUGUCCAAACCAUCAUUGAUCAAAUUGCUGUGGUUGGAUUCAAGGCCUUUGUGAAGUCUAAGCCCCGCCCCCUGCAGCUGUCCCCCAGUGAAAUGGAGCGCUUUGUUGAUUCUCAAAAACAAACAAUUUCGUCACCAUCUGAGACUUCAGAGGAGACUGAAAUCUUCAUAGACACCACGCUCGUCGUGCUUAGGGUUAAAGGCAUGCACUGCCGUUCCUGUGUGGUCAACAUUCAGGACAAUAUCUCAGUGCUGCCUGGUGUGUCUUCUGUGGAGGUGUCUUUGGAGAACGAGAAGGCUUCCAUCUGCUAUGACCCCCAAAAGGUCACAGUGACUCAGCUGCAGCAGGCAAUUGAAGCACUGCCUCCAGGAAACUUUAAGACUCAACCGUGGGACUCCUCCGGUCCCCUCAGUCCUGUGUCCACAUCACCUGCUCCCACUUUACCACCGUCAUCAUCAUGGCCUACAGGAGCAAACCAGGCUAAACCUGCUGUCUUGCAGCCUUGUUUUAAUCAGCCACUGGGAUCUGUAGUGAAUAUCCACAUUGAGGGCAUGACAUGCAACUCCUGUGUUCAGUCCAUUGAAGGCAUGAUCUCCCAAAAGAAAGGGGUCAUGUCAGCCGAGGUCUCUCUGACUGAUCACCAGGGGAUCUUUGAGUACGACCCUCUGCUGACCACACCAGAGGAGUUGAGGGAGGCCAUAGAGGACAUGGGCUUUGAUGCCUUUCUGCCUGAGACCAACUCUCUGCUGCCUGCGCCACAUCCUCUUUCAUCGAAGUCUUCAAAUAUAGCACCUGUCAAAGGUAAAGAGGUGGACAGUGACCACCACAAAGAAACCCCCCAGGGACAUAGUGGAGAAACCAACUCUAAAUGCUACAUCCAGAUCGGAGGGAUGACCUGUGCUUCCUGUGUGUCAAACAUCGAGCGAAAUCUCAAGAAUGAACCUGGUAUCUACUCUGUUCUGGUGGCACUAAUGGCGAGUAAAGCAGAGGUCCGUUAUAACCCUGAAGUCACCGAUCCUAUGAAGAUAGCCGAGUGCGUGAAGGAGCUGGGCUUCACCGCCACUGUUAUGGAGAACUAUGAAGGUUCAGAUGGAACUGUUGAAUUAGUGGUCAGGGGAAUGACGUGUGCUUCUUGUGUUCACAAAAUUGAAUCCAACCUCACGAAAGAAAAGGGGAUUAUCUAUGCCUCUGUUGCCUUGGCAACCAACAAAGCACACAUUAAAUUCGACUCUGAAGUUAUUGGACCACGAGACAUCAUCAAGCUGAUUGAGAAUCUAGGAUUUGAAGCGUCUUUGGUAAAGAGGGACCGCACUGCCAGCCAUCUGGACCACAGCAAAGAGAUACGACAGUGGAGGAAGUCUUUCCUUGUGAGCUUGGUUUUCUGUGUGCCUGUGAUGGGUAUGAUGACCUACAUGAUUAUUAUGGACCACCAGAUGACAGUUUCACAUCAUCACAACAAUACGGCAGAAGACCGCAACCGCUACCACUCCACCAUGUUGCUGGAGAGGCAGCUGCUCCCAGGCCUCUCCAUCAUGAACCUCCUCUCCUUCCUGUUUUGUGUGCCAGUACAGUUUAUUGGAGGUCGCUACUUCUACAUUCAAGCCUGGAAAGCCGUGAAACACAAAUCUGCCAACAUGGAUGUGCUAAUUGUUCUGGCCACUUCCAUAGCCUUCACCUACUCAUGCGUCGUCCUAAUUGUGGCCAUGGCGGAGAAGGCAAAAGUCAAUCCCAUCACAUUCUUCGACACACCGCCUAUGCUCUUUGUCUUCAUCUCUCUGGGACGCUGGCUGGAACAGAUAGCCAAGAGCAAGACUUCUGAGGCUUUGUCCAAACUGAUGUCUUUACAAGCCACUGAGGCCACAGUUGUCACUCUCGGCAGUGAUAAUUCAGUUCUCAGUGAGGAGCAGGUGGAUGUGGAGCUGGUUCAGAGGGGUGAUAUAGUCAAAGUCGUUCCUGGGGGAAAGUUUCCAGUCGAUGGGAGGGUCAUUGAAGGACAUUCCAUGGCCGAUGAGUCCCUCAUCACAGGUGAGGCCAUGCCAGUGACAAAGAAGCCCGGGAGCUCGGUGAUUGCAGGCUCCAUUAACCAGAACGGCUCUCUGCUCGUCAGUGCUACACAUGUUGGCAUGGACACCACGCUGUCUCAGAUUGUCAAACUAGUGGAGGAGGCUCAGACGUCAAAGGCUCCCAUCCAGCAGUAUGCAGAUAAAAUUAGUGGCUACUUUGUACCCUUCAUUGUUGGCAUAUCUGUGCUUACCCUAAUCGCCUGGAUCAUCAUUGGCUUUUUGAACUUCUCUCUAGUGGAGAUGUACUUUCCUGGUUACGACAAAUCCAUUUCCAGAACUGAGGCAGUGGUUCGCUUCGCCUUCCAGGCCUCCAUAACCGUGUUAUGCAUCGCCUGUCCCUGUUCCCUUGGCUUGGCAACCCCGACAGCUGUCAUGGUGGGCACAGGCGUCGGAGCCCAAAAUGGCAUCCUGAUAAAGGGGGGAGAGCCACUUGAGAUGGCACAUAAGGUUCAGUCUGUGGUGUUUGACAAGACCGGCACCAUUACAUACGGGGCACCAAAGGUUGUUCAAGUGAAGAUCGCGGUGGAGGGGAAUAAGAUGCCUCGCUCCCGCCUGCUGGCCAUUGUAGGCACAGCUGAGAACAACAGUGAACACCCGCUGGGAGCCGCUAUUACCAAAUACUGCAAACAGGAGCUUGGCACAGAGUCUCUUGGCACGUGCGUGGACUUUCAGGCGGUGCCGGGCUGUGGCAUCCGAUGUCAGGUGAGCAACACGGAGAGUCUGCUGAAGCAGUUGGACAGUGACAGCGAGGACAACAACCAGCGCAACAGUGUCCUAGUCCAGAUCAGCAACAGCCGGACAUGGACCAGCUCCCAUCCACUCAUCAUGGACCCACAGCCACAAAGCCUGGUUCAGACAGCCACCUAUGUAGUCUUGAUUGGGAACAGGGAGUGGAUGAGGAGGAACUGCCUGCAAGUCAAACCUGAAAUCGACGAAGCCAUGAUCGAGCACGAGCGCAGAGGACGCACUGCUGUUCUGGUGGCUGUAGACGACCUGCUGUGUGCAAUGAUAGCCAUAGCAGACACAGUGAAACCAGAGGCUGAGUUGGCGGUCCACACGCUGACCAACAUGGGUCUGGAAGUUGUGCUGAUGACUGGAGACAACAGCAAGACAGCUCGGGCUAUUGCUGCUCAGGUCGGCAUCAGAAAAGUGUUCGCUGAGGUGCUGCCCUCCCACAAGGUGGCCAAAGUGGAACAGCUGCAGCAGGCGGGAAAGAGGGUCGCCAUGGUGGGUGACGGCGUCAACGACUCGCCCGCUCUGGCCAUGGCUGACGUGGGCAUCGCCAUAGGAACCGGGACAGAUGUGGCCAUAGAGGCCGCAGAUGUGGUGCUGAUCAGGAAUGACCUGCUGGAUGUGGUCGGCAGUAUUGACCUGUCUAAAAAGACCGUCAAGAGGAUCAGGAUCAACUUUGUCUUCGCUCUUAUCUACAACCUGGUUGGAAUUCCUAUUGCUGCUGGGGUGUUCCUUCCCGUCGGCCUGGUGUUACAGCCGUGGAUGGGCUCAGCUGCCAUGGCGCUGUCAUCUGUCUCUGUGGUUUUGUCCUCACUUCUACUCAAAUGUUACACUAAACCCACUGCAGAGAAGCUGGAGGCCAGACUGGGUACCAGCAGGCGGCAGGGCAGCCUGUCUGACGUCAGCGUCCACAUCGGCAUGGGCGAGAUGCGUCGCCCGUCCCCGAAACUCAGUCUGCUAGACCGCAUCGUCAACUACAGUCGAGCGUCGAUCAACUCGCUGCGCUCUGACAAGCAUUCAGUCAACAGCUUCGUGCUCAGCGAGCCCGACAAACACUCGCUGCUGGUCGGGGAGGCUGCGAGCCACGAGGAUGACUUGUGUUGAAUCUGAGGAGCUUACAAUUGAAAGUGCAUUUAUUCAAGGCUGGGCCAUGCUAAGCCAAAAGGGUUACAUUGAAUAAUGGUCCUUCCAUCUACUGUAGGUGCCCUCAGGGCAGCACUGUUUACGUGAAGAAAGCUUUCAUGUCCCUUGUUUUCUUUUAGCUCAACCCGCUGAUCACACUCUUCAGACUAUGAUGAGAUGGGUUUUGUUGAGGUUACGCCCUUGGGGACACUCUUAGACAAACCCAUUGACACUAUGAUCCACAACUCUCCCGCGUCAGCUUCUUCAGAGCCAUGAAGCAGGUGCCACAUCCAGGAAGCAGAGCUGUGAUCAUCGUUGCAACUUUACAAUCUUGAACAUCUAUCCAAAGACAUUUAAACAGUGGUGCCCUUCCUAAGAGUGGACACAGUAGAGUUUUAUUUUAGUUAAUCUUCCUUAAAUGGAAAAGUGUUGUAUAAUUAUAUUCCAAACUAUUUAUAUUAUUAUUUAUCUAUUUUUUUCACUACAUCAAUGUAAAACAUGAAGUUCUUGAAUCCAAAUGUAAAUUGUGAUUUUGACGUUCCCCAAAAAAAUGUGUGAUUGCUCAGAAAAGUAAUGCAUAAAAACUUUAUAACAAGCUGCAAAAGGGAUUGUUAAGCAAAACUAAGGAGUGAGAUGUGAAUGUCAGUGUUACCUAAAGUGCCAGUUGAAGUGCCACCCGGCAAAGUCCAACACAUUCCAAAGAUAGCAGCAUUCAGAGGUUAUCUUGGACUUGAUCUUCACAAAGUGUGAGCAGAGGUCUGCUGAAGGUCGAUUUAAGCUCUAGUUUCAGCAUGCGUCAACUCGCUCCAGCUGUAGUCAGUCGUCUGUCAAUGUAUGUGAAGAUUUUUCGCUGUUGCAGUGAAGCAGAAGUUGUUACAUGGAUUAUGAUGUUCUUGGAUGUCUUUAUGAGUUGUUGCAAUUAGGCUUGUGUUUCGAAAUGGCUGAACUCUAAAUGCCGUCGUGUCCUUCCUUGUUUCUGCAGUAAGCAAGGUUGUGUUACUGUUCUUGUGUGUUUCUGUCGUUAAUGCAAGGCUGUCACUUUCUCAGCUUUUUUCUUUCCUUUUUAAUAGGAUUGAUGCUGUUGCACUUGAUCAAAGAGACUCAGCACGAACAGAGUAAACACAGCUGUGUCCCAGCAGUCCGCCAAACAAGUUACUGAGAAGCAAACGCUGAAGAAUAAUAGUAAUAGUUCAGUACUAUUUAGAUCCCACCAGAUCUGAGGAGGAUACUGAACAGCCACUGCUGUUGUGAUCCAUUAGAAAACAGUUGAGCUAUUUUGGUUUCCGAAUUAUUUCUCUCUUGCUUUUCCUCCUGAUGAUAAGUACAUCAGCACGUCCUGCCGCUUCCCCAUGAUGCACUCUGGUCUGGUCAGUUCUGCCAGUAUGCUGUUUUUGUGCAAUGCCUUUUUCAAGUGUCCAUAAGGCCUCAGAUAUCUGUGUCCAUGUUUGCACGUUCUUCUGAACAUUGUGUGCCUUUUAGAAUAAAAAUGCUUUUGUAACAUCACAUUGCUGUUUUUGCUUUAAGCCACUAGAUGGCACCGUGGAUCAACAAAGACCCUGGCUGUGGGAUUUUAUCAAGUUUAUUUCAUCUGGUUAGUCAAAACAUUACAUCACCCCAGUGUACUGCAAAACAAUCAGAAAACAUUCUUUGUCACAGUAUUUUAAAAAUUAUUAAUGCAAGCUAUAAAUGACUUCCUCUCGAGUUGAUUCGUCUCGCUUUGGCUGUGUUGAAAUUUCAUUUGAUUUGGUAAAUUGAAUUUUCUUAAUUGUUAGAGUUAACUGAUCAAGCACGGACUGAAAUCGGUGUGGUUCUAAAAAUGUGCAGCAUUUGGAAAACUGCUACAGCAUUGUGCUUUUCUAGACACACCGCAAACAGCUGGAAUUGGAAAGUGCUACAUUCAGUCACCAUGAACACGAGAAUAACAAAUUUCACUUCAAAUAAACUGGAGAGAGCUCCAGGGCGUCUCUCUGAAAACACUGAAAAUCUAGAAUUGUACUUUUACAGCGAUAAAUUCAAAGAUUACAGAGUGUUAAACAUUAAAAACACCUCACAAAAAAAAUCACAUCAUAUGGGAAGGAGUCUUUAAAACAAGAAUUUCAUUUUUGUUGAAUGCACGCUGGGUUCUAGAAACACAUUUGAGUUGGGUUAAAGGUGUGAGUUUGGUUGCUUUGAGCUAAUCUUUGUUUUUUUUUCUCCCACUCAUGAUUUUAGAAAUGUCCGGUGAUGAGUUUGGCAUGGCACCAGAAGUGAGUUUACAACAGUUUACAGACGCAUUCUUUUAGACACAACAGGUUAAGUCAACUGUGUCCAAACACAUAUGUGUUAUCUGAAUCCUGACUGCAGAACAAAAGUACAGAGCGUAAAAUCUACCUGCUUUAUCAGCUUGCUUGGCUUGAACUUGGUCAUGGCGUGUGCUGAUAUGACUGAGGUGCAGAUAAAAUAAAAGGAGGAGCUGGAGGUCUUUGCUGCAGAUAUCUUUUUGGCUGGGAGUUUGUGCAUUCCUCAAACUCAUCGGACUCAAAAUGUGUUACUGUUUGAAGUCUUCAAAGCAGGCAGAGUGUUAGCGAGAUGAACCAUUUAGGUGUGGCGUUGACAAAUAGCAUCCAUCAGAAGUACUAACAUCUAUAUCUGACACUCUAAAUGCAUAUAACGAUGUAAAAACACCUCGAGAACACUGAGAAUCUUCCACAUCAGUUUAAAAUCUGCCACUUUGUGUUGUUGUAAUCAGAUCUCUCAUACUAGAAUUGGGCUUGGUAGAAGUGAGAACCAGCGUGUUUUUUCUGAAAUGAUUAAUAUGAAUUUAACAUUUAUUGUCAGUGUUCCUGAACGCAGCCUCUGUGUCACUAAAGAGGCAGAAAAAUACUUUUCAACAAGCCAGAGAGUGGUUUGUUCACACGUGUCUGGCAAGUAGAAUAAAUAGAACAAUAAACACUGAUUAUUCAGACAUGAAAUAGCACCAUGCUGGCCUAUUAUAACAUCCCAUUUUAAAGGGUGUAUCCCUGGAGAAGGCUUGUUUAGUAUCACUCAUUUGGCAGGUGAGUUAAAGUGAAUACCAGGAGGUUGAAAUCCUUGACAGAGGUUUAAAAAGUACAGAUUUGGCAAAUGUAAUCAGAUCUGACUAGUCAGAAUAAAGACCAGAAAAAAGAAAAACCGCCGGGCAGACAGAUGUGACAGUGGUUUCAUGGCAACAUAAGAUCAACAAGCCACAGACAUUGAAGUAAUAAAAACAUAUGGCACAGAAGAAAACCUUACUAUGGGCCACUAAACAUCUGUCGAGAUAAACAUCA